AUGGCCCCGAUCGAAGCACUGCUGUUUGAUGUUUUCGGAACGGUCGUAGACUGGCGCGGCCAUAUCGUUGCUAAGCUGGAGGCGCAGGCCGCAAGAUAUGGGGAGGAGCUUGCGGGCACGGAUUGGGGAAAAUUCACACAGGAUUGGUGGAGUGCGGGUUUAAAGGAGAUAGGACGGAUUGCCACAGGCGCUUCACAGGGCCCCUUGAAUUCCGAUGUUCUACACAGACUAGUUUUAGAUGAGGUGUUAGACUCUCCUGAGUGGGCUCACGUCGGCCGGCUAUGGGAUGAAACGGUGCGCCAAUCGAUAAAUUUUUCUAUGCACCAACUGAACGGAUGGCCUGAUGCCGCUGAUGGUCUGCAUGAGCUUAGGAAGCACACUAUCGUCGCUUCUCUGUCGAACGGGAAUGUUCGUAUGCUCGUCGAUUUGUCCAAAUUUGCAGGCCUACCAUGGGACAUGAUAUUUUCCACCGAGUUCUUUGAUACCUUCAAACCAUCCAACCAUACCUUGCUCGUGAUUCAUCCCUCUAGGAACCCGAAAGCUUAUCUCGACGCCGCACGCCACCUCUCGCUCGAUCCGGAGUGUUGCGCGCUCGUCUCAGCGCACAUCCAGGACGUGCGCGGUGCGGCUAAUGUCGGUAUGCGCACAGUGUACGUCCGCCGGCCGGGCGAGGACAUCGAUGAGAGCACGGGGCAGCAUGUGGAGGUCCAGAGCAAGGAGAAUGGCGGUGAUGUGGACUACAUGGUAGGGUCAUUUUUGGAGCUAGUGGAUGUUGUUAAGCGUGUUAACGCUGCUGAGUGA